AGGUAAUUGUCGUACGUUAUGUACAAUCGUACAGUCUGCUAUGUGCUACUGUUGUGGUAGUGUGGGACCGAUGACCGUGUGUUUCGGUGCGUGGCUUGUUUAUAUCUCAGUUGAGUGUAGCUCGCUCUGGAGAGUGUAGUUUUCGUAGUAACUAUUAUCAUAUUCUGUGUGAGUUUAGUAACAGCAAAAUGGGAACAGUCAACGAAGAUUUACGAAGAGAAAGGGAUAAAUGCACCUUCGACAUCACCGAGUUGACAACGCUCUUCGAUGGUGGCAAAGACAAAAUGCUAGAGCGAAAGGAAAGAGAGGAAUUGAUGGUUAGUAAAAGAGAAUUUGAACAGGGUGUGUGUGAAGAUCUGUUAAGUCACAAGGGCAAGUACGAGGAGUGCAUGAGGAAGUCAAUUAUAACUUUCGGACACAUUCGCCAGAUGCAACGGGAGGGGAAGAUCAAAAUCACCGAUUACAAAGAUGUGCUCGAUUGUCUCCUGGGAUCUGGCAACACCAGGGACGGAUCACCCCUCGCGCUGCACUACAUGAUGUUCAUGCCCGCCAUAUUAUCACUAGCUACCACAGAACAGCAGGAAUACUGGCUGAGCAAGGCUUGGGACUGCAAAAUCAUCGGUAGUUACGCUCAGACGGAGUUGGGUCACGGGACUUUCAUUCGUGGAUUAGAGACCAUAGCCACAUACGACGCCACAACUAAAGAAUUUGUGCUUCACAGUCCAACUAUUACCUCGUACAAAUGGUGGCCAGGAGGAAUCGGCCAUACCGCUAAUUACUCCAUCGUGGUUGCCCAGCUGUACACCAAGGGCGAGUGCCACGGGAUCCACUGGUUCAUGGUCCAGGUCAGGGAUGAGGAAACCCAUGAAACCUUGCCCGGCAUCAAACUAGGGGACAUCGGGCCAAAAAUGGGCUUGCAACCCGUUAACAACGGGUUCUUAGGAUUUGAACACGUCAGAAUUCCCAGAAGCCAUAUGCUGAUGAAACACGCACAGGUUUUGGAGGAUGGAACAUACGUUAAAUCAUCUAAUCAGAAACUUUUGUACGCGGCCAUGGUGUUCGUGAGGGUGCUGAUCCUAAGCGACAUGGUGAACCAUCUGUCGAAGGCUGUCACCAUAGCCACGCGCUAUUCUGCUGUGCGCCGACAGACACCGGUUAUAAAAGGGGGGCCAGAACUGCAAAUAUUGGAUUACGCAACUCAUCAGCAUAAACUCUUCAUAAAUAUAGCUUCGACUUAUGCCAUCAGAAUAGUGGCCAACAAGCAGUGGGAGAUUUACUACAAGGUCAACGACGAAGUGGCUAAUGGAAACUGUACGAGGUUGGCGGAGCUCCACGCGCUAGCAUGCUGCCUGAAGGCAGUUGGUACAUCGGAUGCUGCGAGCGGCGUGGAACGCAUGCGGCGCGCGUGCGGCGGACAAGGGUACCUGCAGUCCUCGUACCUGCCGCAGCUGGGGGCUUUCACCGCCGCCGCCUGCACCUACGAGGGGGACAAUACCGUGCUGCUACUGCAGACCGCCAGGUUCCUUGUAAAAACAUGGCAGCAGAUUGAUAGCAGCUCCCUGACUCCGACGGUGUCGUACAUGAAGCCUGCAUCGGCUGCACGAUACUUAGAUCGAUGGGAGAACAGCGUGGAAGGGAUCAUUCACGGCCUGCAAGUUGUAGCCGUCAAGAAGAUUGCCGGAUGCGUCACUGUGAUGGAAAAAAGAGUACAGUCUGGUAUGGCGCUGGAGGACGCAUGGAAUAUGACCUCUGUACAGCUGGAGGCAGCAGCUGAGGCCCAUUGUAGAGUGAUACUAGUGACGUUCUUCUUCGAAGGCAUCUCCGAGUGGUUGGCUAAAGCCUCGCCUCCACUGCGACACGUGUUGCAGCUGUUGCUGGAGCUAUACGCUGUCUACUGGGCCCUAGAGAAAAUGGUGGAUUUGAUGAAGUACACGUGCAUAAGUGGCGACGAUGCGGAAGCUUUGCAGUCGCGUUACGAGCAGCUUUUAUCAUCGCUGCGGCCACACGCUGUGCCGCUAGUAGACGCGCUAGGCAUCAGAGACGAGCUGCUGCAGUCAACGUUGGGGGCUUACGACGGUCAAGUGUACGAGCGGCUCAUGCAGGAAGCUCUCAAGAGUCCCCUCAACGAAGACAGAGUCAACCAAACAUUCCACAAGUACCUGAAGCCGUUCAUGAAGGGGAAACUGUGAUGGUUGAAGCAUCAGACACACUGGGACUGAUUCUGUCAAGAUUCUGUAAACUAGUGGUUCUUAACCUUUAAGUGUCGCCGCACACUGGCCACACGCCACAGCCACAAACGCCGCUUCGAGAAGCUAGAAGCGGCUACUAAAGUGGCUGCAGCGCGCGACAGCGGCCGACUAAGGUAAGGGAGAGAGGGGUGGGGAAUCGCGCGAGUGACGUGUGGCGGCGAUUUGUAUCGGCGCGUUAAGUACGCGCGAUUAGUACGAGUACCGGAGCGGGCCAUAAGAACCGAGCAACGACGAUUUGUAGCAUGUGGCGGCCACCGGCGUACCGUGUGGCGAGUCCAUAUAAAAUGUAUGAAAACUACAAGAAAUAUGCCGCUGGCGACGUUUUGUGGUUGUAGUCGGUGGCCCGUGUGCGGCGACACUAAGUGACGAGGGACCAUUUGUCAAAAGGACAAUAGAUAAAAGACACCCAGGUCCGCCAACAAUAUAAUUAGUAUGAAUCGAUAUCGAAAAGAUCUAUGAAAAAUUGGUAUUUUUUAUUACGACACCGUAAAAAAAUAUCCUGCUACUCGAAAUAUAUGACACAUGGCAUAUUAAAGUAGGUAUGUAAAUAAAAUCAUUUAAAAGUACCUUCAUUUUUAUUUAGUAACCAUAAUAAUAUGCCAUAUCUUGCUUUACAACCAGAUAUACGACAAAGCCAGCCGAUCCUGCGCUUGCAUUUACUGAGACACCUCAAAACGGUGUACGUGUAAUGGUAGCCAUACACACUACAAGAAAUCGUUACGAUCAGACUGUACAGUUCGAACGGAACAGUUUAUCGUACGUGGCGAACGUAUGGGAAACUGUGCAGUUUUAUA